AUGAGAUUGCCCCAACUUUAUAACAAAUUUAGAUUUAAUCAAAUUUCACAACAUGUUACUACUGCUUCGAUCAUUAGGUUUAAAUCAAUUGCUUUAAGGAAUUUUGCUACGCAAGUAGAUAUUAAGAAUUAUAACCAAUUGAGCUCGUCCAGACUUGAAAGAGACAUGCAAAUGUUUACAACAAAACAAAUCAUAGAUGAUGAUGUAUAUAAUGUAUUUGAAAAAACUCAAGGUUUAUCAAAUUCUCCUGAAUCUAUUUAUUGGACUGGUGAAGAAUUAGAUUAUAAUGAACUUCCAAACGGAGUACAAUUUGAUUUUUUCGUUCGUGAUUUGAAAACAGUUAAACAAUAUUUUGAAAAUAAACCCUAUGCAGGUAUAACAACAGGUUGUUUAAUAGAUAAAUUAAUUGAUGUAAUUGAAUCUAAUCAAGAAGAUGGGAAAGUGCAAACCAUUUUUAAAAAAGAUUUUGAUGUCUUUCCAUUUAUUAGAUUGGUUAAUUGUUUACCUAGUGUUUGGGAUUUACAUUGUCAAUCUACCAAAAUGUUAGAUGAAUGGUGUAAAUUAAAUCCAGUUAUUGAUCCAUUGGAAAUGAAAGUUAAAAGGGAACAUAUUGGAGAUGUGACCUAUAAGGAAAAAUUUUUCUAUAAAAGAUCACGUUGA